AUGAAAAAACUGGCGUACGCACUAGUGCUCACAGCAAGGAGGCUAAGGCACUAUUUCCAAAGCAACAAAAUCAUCAUCAAAACAAACCAACCUCUACGGCAGAUCCUCACUAGACCGGAGGUCUCAGGACGACUUACCAAAUGGUCGAUAGAAUUAUCCGAGUUUGAUGUAGCAUACGAGCCGAGAACAACAAUUAAGGCACAAUUCCUGGCAGAUUUUCUAGCCGAAUUAACAGGACAACCAAAUGAGGAACAUAGCUGGGAAUUGUAUGUAGAUGGAGCUUCAAAUUUAGAAGGAUCUGGAGCAGGCGUAUACUUAACAAACAAACACGACUUACAAGCCAAACAAUCAAUCAGGUUCUCUUUUCAAACAAGUAAUAACCAAGCCGAGUAUGAAGCUUUACUUGCCAGCCUCCGAUUGGCACAAUCACUAAACAUCACACAUCUACAAGUAUACUGUGACUCGCAGCUGAUCGUACAACAGGUAAACGGAAAUUUCCAGGUAAAGGACCAACUGCUAGAAAAAUAUCACACACUGGUAACAGAACUCAUCUCUCAAUUUAACUCGUUACAAAUCACACACAUAGCUCGGGAACAAAACACUCGAGCAGAUGCAUUAUCUAAACUAGCAACAACUAGGAAAAAUAUGCAUGAAUCUGUAAUAUCUCAACUAACACUUGCUGAACCAAGCUUCAGCAACAAGAGAAUCUAUUCUAUAUCACAGGAAGAGGAUUGGAGGACAGCUUACGAAUAUUACCUCCAAACGGGGUACAUACCAUCAACAAUCAAAGACAACAAAGCAUUCAAAAGGAGAGCAGCAUCUUUCACACUCAUCGGGACAAAACUAUACAAGCGAGGUUUCUCUCAGCCACUGCUCCGAUGCCUAAGUACGGAGGAAGCCAAAAUCGCCAUGGACGAGGCCCAUGAGGGAGUGUGCGGGAACCACAUCGGAGGAAUAAGCCUGGCCUCAAAAGUAGCCCGAGCAGGUUACUAUUGGCCAACAAUGAAAAGCGAUUGUAUUCAGAAAGUAAGAAAAUGUGAAAGCUGCCAAAAACAUGCACCACUUAUCCACAACCCGGCCGAGAACCUGCAUAGUUCGGAGGUAAGCUGGCCAUUCCACAAAUGGGGGCUUGAUAUUCUCGGCCCAUUCCCAAAGGCCCCGGGACAGGUAAAAUAUCUACUCGUUGCAAUUGACUAUUUUUCAAAAUGGAUAGAAGCCAUACCUUUGGCAAAAAUAAGGGCUGAAAAAGUCCGAACUUUCAUUUGGAAAAACAUCAUUUGCCGUUUCGGCAUACCCCAUGCUAUCAUUACUGACAAUGGUCGGCAGUUCACCGAUCAAAGCUUGGCAGAAUUUUUACAGGGUUUCAAAAUUAAGCAUCACUUUUCAUCAGUAGAACACCCGCAAUCGAAUGGACUUGCGGAGGCAGCUAACAAAGUAAUUCUCAUUGCACUCAAGAAAAAGCUCGGAGAUGCUAAAGGAGAAUAG